AGAAGAGAAGAAAGGGAGAGAGAAGGUGUUCUGUUUGAGAGUGUGAGAAGGGGCAAGAGGAGAGUUCGUCCAAACGUCAAGAGAGAGCGGACCCCUCUUGAGAGAUCUACUAACCCCCCUUCCUCCGGCAUGGCGGGCAUCACAUCUGCCCAAUGGCAGGCCAUGCUGGACGCAGCAGACGAGGGCCAGAAACCAUUUUUUCAAAAGUUGUAUGAUGAUGUCGUACAGAAGGAAAGGGAGGCAGAGGCAGCAGCUGGAACCACAAGCAUAGCUGCUCAGGAGGCCCUCCUACAGGUCCCGGAAGCCAAUGAUGAUCGGUUCCUGGAGAGGCUAGCUGUUGUCGUCGCAGCCUUUGUUCGAUUGCGGAACUUGGAAGAUCUCGAGACCCGCUUAACAGCGCUGGAGCAGCGGAACCAAGAGCUGCAGGCUGAGAUAACCAGCCUCAAACAGUCCCAACUGCCUGCCCCCCGCCCUCCUAACCCUCGGUCUGCUGUAGUCCCGGUCUCUCAAUCAAACACAGCCUUCAUAGUAAGAUCAAGUGGAACCAUGGCAAGCGCAGGAACCGGUGCCAGCUCCUCGAGCGGCAGCGCCGACAGUUCUGCGCUGGUCAUGGUCCCAAAUGCAGGGACUUCAGCCCAAAACGCCACAGUCCUUACUGGCGUUCAGUACAGCGGUCCCAUGGUGGACAAGCGGGCGGCCACGCUGCCGUCCAAGUACGACGGGAAGGCAGACAUCACCUCUUGGAUUAGUUCCAUGCGGUCGUACUUCGAGGUCAUGUGGACACCGCAAGAGGACCGAAGUAUGAUCAUGGGGACUAAUACUGAGCCUGCCGUACGAAACCACAUUGAGCUCCAAGUUGUCGCUGCAAGCUAUAAACGCAUAGACCUGACCGAAUGGUUGAAGGUCACCCCUGUCCGCGCCCUUGAGGACCUUCUCCUUGACCGGUACCAAGAUAAACAUGCUGCGCUCAAGGCUAGGCUGAAGCUUGAGGCCCUCAAGGGCCAAACAUGGAGGUCAUCCAUGCAGGCUUUGGAACAACUCUUGACUGGUCUGUUCACCACACCGGAUCUGGGAAUGACUGACGUGUCUUUCCAAGUGUUAUACACUGAGCCUUGGGAGGAGUCUAAAGAAGUUGACUUCCACGCCCACAUGGAGCAUUGGCUGCAGCUCAAGCAGCAACGCCGUGUUCAAGGGAGCGUGGAGCUGACUUUCUUUAAACUGCUCAUUAACCGCCGAUACAUCCAUGUGCUGAUUGACAGUGGUUCAACCACUAAUUUCUUCUCUCCGAGCGGGAUUCGUAACGCGGGCUUGGGUAUGAAGCAAGUGGAACUGCAGAACCCUUGCCGGACUCAGGUGGGCAACCAAGAGGUUGUCACUUCCACUCAUGCUGUCAAAGGUGUGCGCAUCACCUUUGACAAAGAUCACACUGUCACACAUGAGCUGAAUUUUUAUGUCCUAGACAAGUGUCCUUUCGAUGCGGUCAUCGGCUUGGGUUGGCUAAAGGCUCAUUGCCUAAGGACCACGUGGGCGGACAAUCAGUUCGUGGUACUUGACGCCAAGGGGAACGAGCGUACCGUCUUGUACGAUGAGACGCGCGAGUCCCCUGUGACUCUUCUCAGUGCGAACAAAUUCUGCAGAUCAGUGCGCAGGCGCAAGGAAGCUGAGUUUGUACAUAUAGCCCUUGUAAAACCACUCCAUGUGCCUUCUACUUUUGCUGCGUUUUCUACCUCAGUAAGUAACUCUACUUCUACCACCUCUACUUCUAAUCCUUCUACUUCCACUGUGAAUAAUCCCUCUACUUCUAAUCCGGUUGUCAUUGUUGUAAAUUCUCAAUCUUAUUUUCUUUCUCCUGAUGAGGAUGAUCCCCCACCGGAAGUCCCAACAAACAUUCGCCAACUAUUAGAUCGAUUUCCUGAAGUCUUGGCCGAACCUCGCGGAGUUCCCGAGCGUCCGGUCGAACACAAAAUCGAGAUAAUAGAGGGGAGUGUUCCUCCAAAGGGUUGCGUCUACCGUAUGGGACAAGGCAAGUUGGAGGAGUUGAGAAGGCAGAUUGAUUAUAUGAUUCAUCGUGGAUGGAUUAGGCCCAGUGAGUCAGAGUUUGGUGCGCCUGUCCUGUUUGUGCCAAAGAAAGGAGGCAAACUCCGGAUGUGUAUCGACUAUCGUGGCCUCAAUCGAAUCACCCGAAAAAAUGCGUAUCCUUUGCCUCGCAUAGAUGAUUUGUUAGAUGCGGCAGGUGGGUGCAAGGUCUUCUCCAAAAUCGACCUCAAUUCUGGUUACCACCAGAUUGAAGUCGAUCCGAGUGACCAGCACAAGACGACAUUCAAAACACGCGAUGGGUUGUACAAGUUCAUCGUUAUGCCCUUCGGUCUUACGAAUGCACCAGCCACAUUUCAGUGCCUCAUGGACAAGGUACUUCGCCAUCAACUCAACAGGUUUGUGGUUGUGUACCUUGAUGAUAUCCUGAUCUUCAGCAAAACCAUGGAAGAGCACCUCAAGCACCUUGAGGAAGUUUUGCAGGUCCUCAAGGAGGCGCAGCUGCACCUUAACUUGGAGAAAUCUGAGUUUGGAAGGGACAGCGUCAUCUAUCUUGGGCAUCGGUUGUCUGCAAACGGCCUUGAGCCAGAGGCAACCAGAGUUGAGGUCAUCUGAAAGUGGCGUCAACCAGCAAAUGUACGCGAACUGCGUUCUUUCCUUGGCUUGGCCUCGUAUUACCGGAAGUUUGUGCCCAAAUUUUAUG